AUCCACAUUGCUGAUGUUUAGGAUCCUUCCUCUCCACGGGGGAGCCCAGCACACUCUCCAAGGGAGAAUGGCUUGGACAAGACUCGACUGCUGAAGAAAGAUGCGCCAAUUAGCCCAGCGUCUAUUGCAUCCUCCAGCAGUACUCCUUCCUCUAAAUCCAAAGAACUUAGCCUUAAUGAGAAAUCUACCACUCCUGUAUCUAAAUCAAAUACCCCAACUCCACGGUCUGAUGCACCAACUCCAGGCAGCAACUCCACUCCUGGACUGAGGCCUGUGCCAGGCAAACCUCCGGGUGUGGACCCACUAGCUUCAGGUUUAAGGACACCUAUGGCAGUGCCAUGUCCCUAUCCAACUCCAUUUGGUAUUGUGCCACAUGCUGGUAUGAAUGGAGAACUGACCAGUCCUGGAGCUGCCUAUGCUGGUCUGCACAACAUUUCCCCUCAGAUGAGUGCAGCAGCUGCAGCAGCUGCAGCAGCUGCAGCUUAUGGGAGAUCUCCCGUGGUUGGUUUUGAUCCACAUCAUCACAUGCGAGUCCCAGGCAUCCCUCCCAAUCUCACAGGCAUCCCAGGAGGAAAACCGGCAUACUCAUUUCAUGUAAGUGCAGAUGGCCAGAUGCAGCCUGUUCCUUUCCCUCCCGAUGCCCUCAUCGGUCCAGGAAUCCCUCGCCAUGCCCGUCAGAUCAACACUCUGAACCAUGGGGAAGUCGUGUGUGCAGUUACCAUCAGCAACCCCACAAGACAUGUGUACACAGGUGGCAAGGGGUGCGUCAAAGUCUGGGAUAUCAGCCAUCCUGGCAACAAGAGCCCUGUCUCUCAGCUUGACUGCCUGAACAGAGAUAACUACAUCCGUUCCUGCAGAUUGCUCCCUGACGGCCGCACCCUGAUUGUUGGUGGAGAAGCCAGCACGUUAUCCAUUUGGGACCUGGCAGCUCCGACUCCACGCAUUAAAGCGGAGCUGACAUCUUCUGCUCCAGCUUGCUAUGCCCUAGCGAUCAGCCCUGAUUCCAAGGUCUGCUUCUCUUGCUGUAGUGAUGGGAAUAUUGCAGUGUGGGAUCUGCAUAACCAGACUUUGGUAAGGCAAUUUCAGGGUCACACAGAUGGAGCCAGCUGCAUUGACAUUUCUAAUGAUGGAACCAAGCUUUGGACAGGAGGCUUGGACAAUACGGUCAGAUCCUGGGACCUGAGAGAAGGGAGGCAGCUACAGCAACAUGACUUCACAUCACAGAUCUUCUCACUGGGCUAUUGUCCAACUGGUGAAUGGUUGGCAGUAGGAAUGGAGAACAGUAACGUCGAGGUGCUGCAUGUUACUAAACCGGACAAGUAUCAGCUACAUCUUCAUGAGAGCUGUGUGUUGUCACUCAAAUUUGCUCACUGUGGCAAAUGGUUUGUAAGCACUGGAAAAGAUAAUCUUCUUAAUGCCUGGAGAACACCUUAUGGAGCCAGUAUAUUCCAGAUGAAGUGCAUAAGUUCAGUGGAUUGGACAAGCACACUGGUGAACUGAAGACUACAUCCUUAUGGAGGGAUCCUGUUGGAUGGAAUUGAAAAUUGUAGCUUUUCAGCUGUUUUUAAUCCUUCUGUGCCUGGUUUUAAUGGCAGUUCAGUGCCAUUAAGGGAAAGCAGGAUUUUUGUCAUGUACUUUCACUUACUGGUAUUUCUAUACUGGGAAUUUUUUAGUUAACCUAGCUGGUGUUCCUGCUUAAAUGAUCAUAUCUCACCUGUACUGAUACCUGUAAUGUUUCUGUUUUCCAGUACAGCAGCACAUUUUGUCUUGGCGUGAGAAGUCUAAGCUCUGAGUUUUAGUAGUGGAGAGUAUUCAGUGGUGGAAUGACUUCCCACAGAAAAGUCUGAGUUGUUUUUCAAGGAACUUGCUUGAAACUGUUAUUCCCAUUGCAGCUUUCUUAAUGAGGGAUAGAGAAAGAAACUUCUGUAGUGCAGUAAUCUUUCUUUGCAAAAAUAUAGUAUAUUUGGAUAGUAUAUAGCUCUUGCAGAGACAGGCAGAAAAGAAAACGUUGGCAUAUAUAUGUACAGGAAACACUAAACGCACUAACACAGCAAGUGAAAUAUGGCAAUACGUAGACAUCAUCUGAAAAAAAGCAGAAUAGCUGGGAAAGGCACAAAGCUAUUGCACUCUGUUGUAUCCUAUCUUCCAUUCACCUUUCUGUUAGACCACUGUGUCUUUUUUAUAUUUGCAUCUUUGCUGAUAAUGUAAGUUUUGCUGGAGUUUUUGU